AUGAAUCGUAAAAAAGUAAAAGUCAUUGCAGUAGCUGAAGCACUUGGUUUAUUGGAUACAAUUAAAUCAGAAAGGAGGUACUGGGUUCAUCCUCUCAAUGUGGAACGAGAAAAAACUGGACAUUUCAAAGAUUUUUUUAAAAACAUAAGGCGUUAUCCACAAAAAUUUUUCGAAUACUAUCGCAUGUCGAUUUCGAGUUUUGAUGAGUUAUUAGAAAUUCUACGUCCACGUAUUACAAAAAACACCACUUUAUUUCGUAAUCCAAUUUGUGCUGAAGAACGGCUUACAAUUACUUUGAGAUAUUUAUCAACUGGUACGUACUUUGCCGCUCUAAAAUUCGAUUUUCAUGUUGGAAGAAGUACAAUCGGAGUUAUAGUAAGAGAAACAUGUCAAGCGAUUUGGAUCAAUUUACAUUUAAUAGAAAUGCCUGCACCAACUACAGAGGAAUGGGUGGAAAUAUCGAGAAUUUUUUAUUUGAAAACUAAUUUCCCCAAUUGCCUCGGAGCAAUAGAUGGGAAACAUAUAAGAUGUAAAAAUCCUAACAACACGGGAUCAUUGUUUUUCAACUACAAAAAAUUCUUUUCGAUAGUAUUGAUGGCUGUAGUGGAUGCAAAUUUGAAUUUUAUUUCAAUUGAUGUAGGAUCGUAUGGCCGAGAAGGAGAUUCUAAUGUUUUUAAAGAGUGUCCAUUUGGUAAAUUAUUAUAUGGCGAGAAAUUGAAUAUUCCAGAACCAAUUAUAUUACCAAAUACAAAUGAUAGCCCUCAGCCUUAUGUUUUUGUUGGGGACGAAGCUUUCGCUUUACACACAAAUUUACUAAGGCCUUAUCCGGGGCGUAAUCUUAACGAUACACGGAGAGUAUUUAACUAUAGGUUAUCGAGAGCAAGGCGCACAGUUGAAUGUGCAUUUGGAGUACUUGCUAAUAAAUGGCGCGUAUUACAUACAUCGAUACAAGUAGAGCCAGAUUUUACAGAUGAAAUUGUCAAAGCUUGUUGUAUUCUACAUAACUUCGUCCGUAAGAGAGACGGUAUCAAUUAUGAAGAUUCUGAAAUCAACAGUUUUGAUGACAUUGAAACCCACGGAGGAGGGGCUCGUUCGCAAGGUGUUGCAGUUAGGGAUUACUUCGCCAACUAUUUUAUGGGUCCAGGAGCAGUAGAUUUUCAGUACAAUGUACUUUAG